CUUCUCCUUCUCCUUUUCUUUUUCCUUCUCCUUUUCUUUUUCCUUCUCCUUCUCUUUGUCUCCUUCACCAGAUAGCGAAGCCUUGAGCUCCUUGAACUCCUUCGUCAGCUCCUUGAAGAAGGACAUGAUAUCUGUCGAGGUUGGGGAUUCUACCUAGGAAUCCCCCUCCACCCACUCGCUUUUUAUUAUCAACACUGAGACCCUAGUAGAGGCCCUGAACCCCUCUACGCCACAAGGCCUGUGGCACGAUCUCCAACAAACAUCUUGGCGGCUCGACGAUGGAGCUGCAGAAUGCUGCUGCCUAGAUCUCGUCGAAUCAUGAAACGCUGCCCCUUGGCAGGUGUCCAGAAUGUCCAGCAGUCUAGCCUGCGAUUGGGUUAUCGGUGACAGAGCGCAAACGGAUACCCACAUGGAGGGGAAAUCGUCCGGGUGAUGGGCUCGUCACCAGCGUUUGACUCUAUGGAGGAAGCUGUGGUCAGCCUUGUAGGGCUAACGUCAUUUCUCCAAUUUUCGCCCUCUUUAGGUGCAAUAAAGUGCAACAUCACCAUCGAGUGACUGUGAAGAGGAUGUUUACUUCAAGAUCCCUCAUCUAUCAGCUGGCCUUGCUUGUAUUGUACUUACCUCUCAGGCAUGCUUUCCCACUGAGCUCAGUGUCAGGCUCUGCCGCAGGCCCAGACAGUAAUGACUCCGACCUGUGGUUCAAUCUCAGCGCGGCUGUCGCGCUGGUCCUGAUUGGAGGCGUAUUUGCCGGUUUAACAAUCGCACUGAUGGGUCAAGAUGCAGUCCACCUCCAGGUCCUAGCAACAUCCGGCGAUGGCCCCGAGCAGAAACACGCUCGUACGGUCCUGGGCCUCAUCAGCAAGGGGAAACACUGGGUUCUCGUCACUCUUUUGCUAGGUAAUGUUGUUGUUAACGAGAGCUUACCGAUCGUCCUUGACAAAACCCUCGGUGGAGGGUGGCCUGCGGUGCUGGGCAGCACAGUCUUGAUCGUGAUCUUUGGCGAAAUCAUCCCCCAGUCUGUCUGCGUGCGCUACGGUCUCCCGAUCGGCGCCUAUCUGUCGCCCGCGGUCCUGGUAUUGAUGUACGCCUUCGCCCCGGUCGCCUGGCCCACGGCGCGGCUCCUUGAUUACCUCCUCGGCGAGAAUCACGGGACGGUCUACAAGAAAUCUGGCCUGAAGACGCUUGUGACGCUGCACAAAUCGCUGGGCUCGCAGCCUGCUGAGCGCCUGACCGAAGACGAGGUCACCAUCAUCACGGCUGUACUGGAUCUCAAAGCGAAACCGGUCAGGGAGAUCAUGACACCCAUGGAGAGUGUUUUUACCAUGCCCAGCAAUGCGGUCUUGGAUGAAAAGACAAUGGAAUUGAUCCUCUCUGCGGGAUUCAGUAGAAUCCCUGUUCAUGCUCCCGGAAACCCGGGUGACUUUCUCGGCAUGCUGCUGGUCAAGACGCUGAUCACGUAUGACCCUGAUGACGCAAAGAGGGUUAAAGAGUUUGUGCUGGCGACAUUGCCGGAGACGAGUCCCGAUACGAGCUGCCUUGACAUCCUGAACUACUUCCAGGAAGGUCACAGCCAUAUGGCUCUGGUUUCGGAGAGCCCGGGGAGUAAUGGGGGCGCGUUGGGCGUCGUCACGCUGGAGGAUGUGGUGGAGGAGUUGAUCGGAGAGGAGAUCAUCGACGAAUCCGACAGGCACGAGCCCUCUUCCAAACCAGCAUUCCCUGCCGUCGAACGGCAACCCAGCCUGCCAACCCCAGCGCCAGCCCUAACCCUAGACGCCCGCACCCUUCGCCGGUCCUCGACAGCACCUCUGGCCAAAACAGGACUCAUAAGCACCAUUCCGCCGGAGCAGCGGCAGCAGCUCGAUAACCUGGCGCCGUCGAACCUGGCGCGGAGUCCCAAGCAGACCAGGUUCCCAUUUGUCAAGAUUAAGCGGGCUGGAUCCGGACGAGCAAGUGAUACUGCAAAUGGGGUUGGCAAGGACUCUGGGGCUGUGGCUGAUGAGAACACACCUUUGUUAAACUAGGCUAUGGUUGGUUUGCUUGUAUGCGACUGACGGUGGGUUAGGUACUUCUAGUACCUUAGUACAGAAGGCUUAUUGAGGAUGGGAUAGACGAUGCCCUUAGAUGCAAGAAUGCUAUGCCUUUUCAUCGACUGCUAGUGUCUGCAGCCAUGAUAGGGGCCAAUCAAUUUCAUUUUAUUAUUUUUUUAUUUC